GGCAAGAAGUGAGCUGUCUCCUGACUCACUUUCUGCCAGAGGGGGGAGAACUAGGGACCCAAGCCGGCUGGUGACGUUUUUCCCACGUGAUCAGAAGCCGACGUGUGCAAAAAUCCCUCUCCUCCAGGUACCAGCUCCCUGUUUCCGUGGAGGAAGACAGAUUUCAGACUGAGGAACAGCGGAGACAACAGUCCCAUAGCCCUGCAGGUCUACAGGUCUGUGGUUGUGGGCACCAACUCAGACAAGAAGAGGAAAGACCUGUAGUGUCAGUGAAGCACAGACAAAGGAGAGGAAUUCUCAACAUGGAAAAGUUUUACAAAGAAAAUGAAGGAAAGCCAGAAAAUGAAGGGAACCUAGAAAAUGAGAUAAAACCAGAAGAUGAAGGAAGUACAGAUGAUGAAGGAAAUGGAGACAAUAAAAAGCUGGAAGUAAACAAGAAGCCAGAAUAUGAGGGAAAGCUAGAGGAUGAGGGAAAGCCAGAUAAUGAGGGACAACAAGAUGAAGGAAAGCAGGCAAAGCAGGGAAAGUCCGAAGGUGAGGGCAAACCACAAGGUGAGGGCAAGACAGAAUCCCAGGCAAAGCCAGAGAGCCAGGCACGGGCUGCUGAAAAGCGUCCAGCUGAGGAUUAUGUGCCCCGGAAAGCAAAAAGAAAAACGGACAGGGGGAGGACUGACGACUCUCCCAAGGACUCUCAGGAGGACUUACGGGAAAGGCAUUUGAGCAGUGAGGAGAUGAUGAGAGAAUAUGGAGAUGUGUCAAGGUGCCAGGAGGAGCUAAAGAAAAAGCAGAAAAUGGGUGGUUUUCAUUGGAUGCAGAGAGAUGUACAGGAUUCAUUCUCCCCAAGAGGCCAACGGGGUGUCAGGGGGGUCAGAGGGGGAGGUAGGGGCCAGAAGGACUUAGAAGAUGCUCCAUAUGUUUAACAUUUUGGGCUUUAAUUCUGAUUUAUCUGAUGGGAGUAUUGCCAGUCCUGCUUUCCCUGGCAGGCAUUUGCCGGGUAUGUGCUUUAAUCUUAUGCUAAUAUUUUCCUUUAGGUGUCCAUCUUGUUACCAAGAGACUUUUGACUGACCUACAAUGCUGUCUUUUAAUAGAGAAUUUUCACCCAUGUGCAUGGAAGAGAUGUUCAUGGUACAUUGUAAAAUAAUAAUAAAAAAAGUUUUCAGAACCA